GCCGGCCACACGUCAGCGGAAGGGGCCGCGCGGGGCCGCUCUAGGCCGCUCGGAGGACCCCGCGGAGCAGACGAGACGGCAGAAUUUGGACUCAGAGCGAAAGGCUGCGCGGGAUCCUCCGCCAUCCCCACCGCGCCCGCAUGGAGGUCGCCAAGAAGCUGGUGAACUCGGCGGCAGGCUGCGCCGAGGACGCGCUGGCGGGGCUGGUGGCCUGCAACCCCGGUCUCCGGCUUCUGCAGGGACACCGGGUGGUCCUGCGUGCUGAUUUAGUGGCCAUUCGGGGCCGGGUGGCUUUGCUUUCCGGAGGGGGCUCCGGCCACGAGCCUGCCCAUGCAGGGUACAUCGGGAAGGGUAUGCUGACCGGUGUGGUGGCCGGUGCCGUCUUCACCUCUCCAGCUGUGGGCAGCAUCCUGGCAGCCAUCCGGGCGGUGACACAAGCUGGCGCAGCUGGGACCCUCCUGAUCGUGAAGAAUUACACCGGGGACCGGCUCAACUUCGGGCUGGCGCUGGAGCGAGCGCGGGCGGAAGGGGCCGACGUGCGGAUGGUGGUGGUGGGGGAUGACUGCGCCUUCACAGCCCUGAAAAAAGCCGGGCGCCGCGGGCUGUGCGGCACUGUCCUCGUACACAAGGUGGCGGGGGCUCUGGCUGAGGCAGGGGCGAGCUUGGAUGAGAUUGUUGAGAAGGUGUCAGCAGCUGCCAAAGCCAUGGGUACCCUGGGGCUCAGCCUGUCCCCCUGCAGCGUUCCGGGCUCCAAGCCCACUUUCCAGCUGGCUGACGAUGAGAUGGAGCUGGGCCUGGGGAUCCACGGCGAGGCAGGUGUGCGCAGGAUGAAGGUGCUGCCGGCGGAUGAGGCAGUGGAGACGAUGCUGGCGCACAUGACAGACCCCUCCAACGCCUCCCGCCUCCCCCUGAGCCCAGGAGCUUCUGUGGUGCUGGUGGUGAACAACCUGGGUGGAUUGUCCUGUUUGGAGCUGAGCAUUGUGGCCGGCGCAGCCGUGCGCUCCCUGGAGAGCCGAGGGAUCCACAUCGCCCGGGCUUUGGUGGGCUCCUUCAUGACAGCGCUGGAGAUGGCCGGGGUCUCCCUCACCCUCAUGCUGGUGGACGAGGAGCUGGUGGGGUUAAUCGAUGCCGAGACGACGGCGGUGGCUUGGCCCAACCUGGCCACCGCACCUGCGACGAGCCAAAGACAAGAGGUACCAGCCCCAAAAGAGGGACCGGGGACUGCGCAGCAUGAGGCCAGCACAGGGCCUGGCGCGGCACGGGUGCAGCUGGUCCUGGAGCGGGUGUGCAGCACCCUGCUCGACAUGCAGGAUAAGCUCAACGAGCUGGACCGGGAGGCAGGGGACGGGGACUGCGGCCACACGCAUGCUCGGGCUGCCCGAGCCAUCCAGGAGUGGGUGCGCGCGGGGCCCCCACCGGCAGCCCCAGCCCAGCUCCUCUCAGCCCUGGCCGACCUGCUGCUGGAGAAGAUGGGGGGCUCCUCCGGCGUGCUCUACGGGCUGUUCCUGACGGCGGCCGCCCGGCCCCUGCUCAACCGCAGCGAUCUCCCGGCGUGGGCUGACGCCGUGGACGCCGGCAUCGAAGCCAUGCAGCGGUACGGAGGAGCUGCGCCAGGGGACAGGACGAUGCUGGACUCGCUGUGCGCCGCAGCGCGGGCUCUGCACGCCCUGCGCAGCCCCGGCGCAGCCGUGCUGCCGGUGCUGGCCGCCGCCGUGGAGAGCGCCGAAGCCGCGGCGGAAGCCACCAGGAAUAUGGAGGCUGCGGCGGGCAGAGCCAGCUACAUCGGCUCAGCCCGGCUGCUGCAGCCCGACCCCGGGGCAGUGGCCGUGGCCACCGUGCUGCGGGCCGUGCUGGACGGGCUACGGAGCUGAGGGGUGGGUGCCCCUCGGUCACCCCCUCGCCUCCCUGCAGCUCCAGCAGUAACGGGGGGACGUUGGCACCACGUCCCACGUCCCCCCAAUAAAGUUUUGUGAUCUCCCCUGCCCUGCUAA